AUGGGUGUAUCCAGUCAAGCUCUCUUGCUGCUACCCCUCUUGCUGGGGGUGCUGAGUGAAUCUAUCAAAGGGAGCAACCUCACCUCUUCUUCCUCUUUUCCCCGUGCUAUUGAGAGAACCACGACAUCAGUAUGUGGACUCCCCCAAGGCACAAAUAGAAUUGUUGGAGGACAGAACGCCCAGUCAGGAGAAUGGCCUUGGCAAGUCAGUCUUCAUGAGAAUGGUGCGCAUGUGUGUGGUGGCUCACUCAUUUCUCCAAAUUGGGUGCUAACAGCUGCCCACUGUUUGGAUAGCUCCCUGGCUCCUUCAGAUUACUCAGUAGUACUGGGCUCCAUCUCAUCCUACCCAUACUUCGAUGAUAAUGCACAGAUUCAAACUGUGGUCCAGGUAAUCCGACACCCCGACUACCAAAAAGAAUAUGGGCCUGGUGACAUUGCUUUGGUUCAAAUGGACUCACCUGUCAACUUCAACAACUUCGUGCUCCCCAUCUGCCUCCCAGAGAGUGCAGACCAACUAGUGGAUGGAAAUCUGUGCUGGGUGACUGGCUGGGGACAAACUGGAGAAAAUCAAAACCUCCUUGCACCUUACACCCUGCAAGAAUUGGAGGUGCCCAUCAUCAGCACCCAAGUCUGUGACUCCUACUACCACAAAAACUCAGCUACCUCUGCCUCUGAGUCCAUCAUCCUGUCUGAUAUGAUUUGUGCUGGCUUCCCUGAUGGCCAGAAGGAUUCCUGCCUGGGAGACUCUGGAGGACCAUUGGUAUGCAAUCUCAAUGGAGUCUGGUUCCAAGCUGGCGUUGUAAGCUGGGGAGACGGCUGUGCCCUUCCCUACAGGCCUGGAGUCUACACCAAUGUCAAUGUCUACAAAAGCUGGAUCCUAAAUUUAGUUCCAGAAGCUGAGAUCAUUAAUGCUGCUGAACCUACCAGACUGUUCCUCCCUAUUCUGCUGCUCCCAGCUCUAACUUUAUUGGGCAGGCCCUCCCUUGCCUUGGAGAUGUGCUAA